GAAGCGAGCUGCAACUUCACCGGGAGCCUCGCGCACCCCGCCGCCUGUCGCCUACAACAGCAUCAUCAUCAUCAUCAUCAUCAUCACCACCACCAUAAUCAUCAGCAUCAGCAGCAUCAGUGUGAUGAAGCAGCGGAGGACGGAGACCUUCCUGCUCUGAGACACUGGAUCAGCUCGCAGACAGGAUGACUGAGGUGAUGAACUCCCUGGAACCAGGAACGGAGGACUUCAGCGGGGGUGGAGCAGCUGCAGAUCAGGGCACGAUGUUCCCAGAUACCCAUGAAAGGAUUCCAAAGUUGUCCAAGAGGCUUCCUUCCAUCGUGGUCGAGCCGACGGACGGAGCCGAGGUGGAGAGCGGCGAGCUCCGUUGGCCACCUGACGAGCCGAGCUCUCCAGACGCUCAGAUUGAGAGACAGAGUGUAGAGGAACAAAGUGCAGAUGUGGAACAGUCGAAUGUCGGCGUGGAUGAAGAGGCUUCAGGGGAGGAGAUGCAGGACUCCAACUGAACAGACUCUCCUCCUGUGUAAUCCACUGUUACUGUGAGUGUGUCCAGACUUGGAUGAUUGAAGAAGAGUACAUUGCAUGGAUAGAACGAUUAUGGAGACAGAGGAGGAAGGGUAGAAAAACAGAUUACCAAACCCCAGCUAACGGGCUUGGAGCCAGAGUCGUGUUGCCACCUUCUUAAAUAAAUUUUCAUUUACAAGGUGUUUUUUUUUCUUCUACGCUGAUGAUGGAGCUUGUUCUGACACAUGUAAGCUAACUGAUUGAAGCGUUGCUGCCUUGAACCAUUUCUUUUUUUCCAGUUUGUACUUGCCUUUUGGCUAUUUUCUUUUCACGCUUUUUGAAGUUGUCUGCCGUUAAAUGAACAAAAUUCUUUAACUCUUGGGAGCAGACACGCUUUUAAUGUCAGAAUUUUAAGUACAGAGAUAAUACUUUAAGUGACUGAGGGUUUCCUCAUCUAAUAUGACUGUUGUCACAUUUCCAGCUUUGUGAGUUUGAUAUAAAUACAGAUUUUUAAUUUGAUAAAUUACAUUUUCUCUCUCUGGCUCCCAGCCCUCGCCAUCCAGAUGUCCAUGAUAUCACAUCAGAUCUGGAUAGAUGUUGAUGUUUCUAAAUGCUGUCUUAAGUAUUUAGCUCAUGUGUGCCAUAUUGAUACUACUGUUAAUGGUAGCUAUUGUAUUGUGUGCACAGUUUUUACAUUAACUCUAGAUGUAAAUUACAUCACUGUUUGUUAAGUGCUGACUGCUGUAGUUUUGGUGAUCUUGGUCUCACUAUUCACUUUGUAAUAAUAGCUACGAUGUUUUAAAGAACAGUAUUUGAUUAAGAAAGCAUUCAUCACUUUAUUCGAUGUUAUUACAAUACAUUCUUUAAUAUAUUAUAUAUAAUAUGUCUUCAUACAGUAGGUGUUCAAGGGAAUGUAAUCGUGUUUUGUUUUACUUAAGAUAUUGGAGCAAUAUGUUCACGGGAAUUUAAAGGCAGUCCAUUUUGUUACAGACUACUGAAGUAAAAAAUAACCAGUAUAUUUUAGAUGUGUGUCACUUGUCACAGACAUGAUAUUUUUUAAAAUACUGGAAGCCUAAAUUAUUGCACAAUUAAUAAACCUUUUCAAAAAUU